CUACGGACUACGGGACCUAACUGCCUAACUUUAACUUUCUUUGACCUGAUUCAGAUUCCAAUUAAAUUCCAAUUAAAUUCUAAUUAGCCAGACUGUUAUUCUCGCGCGUCUCGCGGGAAACUUAACAUUUAAAUCAUGACUGAACCAACUCGAGAUUCAUGUCCGCCUCCUCGCCCCGCCAAUCGCAUGAAGCGCCCGAUAUAACAUGUAUCGCGCCAGAGCCUUUCGAACCUAUACCUCUCAUCGCCGGCAUUGUGCGUACCGGAUAUUGCAUUCCAGGCUCAGUAUUUCUGGUUGAGGGCGUCGAUUCCAUCCAUACGUCUAGAUCCAAGAGAUGGCGUGCCGUACGCCUAUUACUCGGAGAUGGGGAGCUGUGUAUCCAGGCCCUGUUAUCGGCCGAGAUGCAUAGAUACGUAGACGAGGGGGAAGUCGCCUUUGGGUCCUACGUUAAGCUGGAACAAUUCCGAGUCGAACGGAGGAACCUCCCUAAUGGGACUGAUGGGGACUCGCCAACCACCAAAGGAAAGGAAAAAGAGCGUGAUGACCAUAAUGCAGGAAAUGGGAUGGUCUAUCUGGUUGUCGAGGAUCUUGCACUCGUCGGGUGGAAUAACGCACUUGUCGAUACCGCGCCCGCCGAAAGUGCCCAAGCAGACGCUGAAGUCCCACAGGAUCGAGCUAAAAAUAACGCUCAGACUUCUAUCACGACCAAACCGGUUCUAGGCAACAGUACUACGCAGUCUUUCGACAGUGGUGUUGGUCUCCUGAAAGAAUUAGCCGAUGCGGAUGACGACUUCGAAGUCAUGCCAAAUGCUAUGUCGAAGGCGACACAGAACAGGCUUGAUCUCGCAGCAAAAUCUAAGGACACAAACCAUCUUCCCUGGUCGAGCAACAACCCUGGGAAACCCCUGAAACUCACCGAGUUACGCAAAAUCCCCAACUUACCAUACAAGCAAAAUUGGAGUGUCAACGUGCUAGCAGUAGUUUCGGCAAUCUCGGGUCUCGAACCUUCCGGCCUACCACCGUAUAGCCAGCGACAGGUCAGGCUCGCCGACCCCUCUACUGACAAGCACGUGCUCUUGACGGUAUUUCUAGACCCGGAACAGUUCUUACCAGCAGUUGGAAGCGUCGUAUUACUGCUCGGGGUCAAGAACCAUCGUUUUGAUGGUGGAAGCCUCAAAAAGUAUGCUAGCGACCGCCCGGCAGCCGGACAUAGCUGGUGGUACGAGAAUCCGACGCAAUUCGACUGGUGUGACGUCGAGGGGCUGAGGCAGUGGUGGGUCGAGGGUCAGUCUAUCGAAUAAUUCUUUAGAACAUGAUCAUUUACGAAGCGGCUGAUCAUAAUCGACCCCUAAUGAAUAUGCACGUACAGGAUAGCAACUGCGCACAGUAGAUUAAUACUAUCGAAUCAGCCCUUCCAAAUUGCUGCUUCUACUUGGUGAAUAAUAA